CAGUUUCUCUCCCACUGUUGGCGAAGCUCACGUUCAAUGCAGAUGGUAACCGGUGUUAUAAGAGCCUUUCGAUAGCAUAGAUUGUUCGCGAGUUUUGUUUUGAUCCCACGUUAUUACUCGCCACAAUUCCAGAGCACAACUCGUUGGCGCUCACGUUCCCACUACGGCGCGAUGACGACGACGGCCACGACAAUGGGCUCGGCAUUCGCACAGUCGUAGUAGAGCUCUUGCUCAAAUUCAGACCUUAAAGACAUGAGCAGUGAAUGGUACCUCUACCACCUCUAGUGCCAACAACAGUUUCUCUUUCACUUUCAUUAUUAGCUUGAAAUGUCAGCUGUGCAAUGAUUAGGUGCAAGAACAGAUCGAUUAAUUGAUUCAUUCAACGGAUAAAUUGUUUAAGGAAUAUGUGAGUUUAAUUAUAGAAAGGAGCUUCGUUGUGCAGUAGAAGGAAUUGAAUACGGAAUUGUGUAUCAGGGAAGGAAGAGAGCUUGGAGCAGUGUGAUAGCUAAAUCUACUUUCACAACAGACCACGCAGUGUAGCUGCGACAAUACAUCGAAAUAUCCGCAUCUAGAAAGGCAUUGCAGCGGAGCAUAUAAAACCGACCACAGAAUGGGUCUCAUAGUUAAAAUAUUACGUAAUAUGAAAAUACCCCGCUGGUCCACCCUCCUCCCGGUAUUGAUUUAUCUGAUUUUUAUUACCUGUAUAUUGAUGGUCGCAUUUCCUGCCAAAUCGAGCAACAUAACGACGGAGCAGAAGAGAGGAAAUGGAGAUGCAGAAGAGAAUGGCGCCGAUUCAAAUUCUGUGAUAUACAACGUGGACAAGAAUGCCAUGCAACAACUAACUAACGCUUUCAACAAGGCCGAUACCAAUAAAGACAAACAUUUGAACCUGCAAGAGCUUGCCAAAUACAUUAACUUUAAAAUAAGGGACCACAUAGACGAUGCCAUCCGUACAAAUCCAACCACUUUCGUUGAAAUCGAUCAAAAACCACGCGACGGACUAGUCAGCUGGGACGAGUACCAAUCCCAUUCACUCCGGGAAAAAGGAAUAGCCGAAAGUUAUAUGAAGAAAAGCCUUUUCGACACCCUGGAUCGGAAGGUAAGAGAAUCCAUCGCCAGGGACAAAGCCCUCUGGAUGGAAGCAGCGCGAACCGAUCCGAUGAGUCUCACACUGGAUGAGUUCCUUUCAUUCCGGCACCCCGAAUCCAGCACGGUUAACCUGCUUAACCUGGUGGACGACAUUCUGCGGCAGUUCGAUAUUGACGGAGACGAUAAACUGACCGUUGCCGAAUUCUCCGACGUCCUUCCCAAUGGGGUGGCAGAUCCUAGCAGUAAGAAGAUAAUCCUUUCGCAAACAGAGAAAGAACGCAAGGAGGAAUUCACAAAAAUAAUCGACAAAAACAAGGACGGCAAGGCUGAUCGAGGGGAGCUGCUAUCCUAUGUGGAUCCACGCCACCCCAGAUAUGCCAUCCAAGAAGCGUCGGCGUUGUUCACGCUUGCGGAUAAGAACGGUGAUCGUAAACUGACGCUUCAUGAGAUCAUUGCAAAAUCAUCGAUAUUUAUUUCGUCUAAAAUGAUCAAUACUGCUGACAGUUUCCAUGAUGAAUUUUAAUCUAAGUGAUAUGUAGAAACCGAAUGUGAUAGACAGAUAUGUUGCAAAAGCGUUGUACAUGGCAAUACUACAGUAAAUAAUAAAGUGUGUAGAGCACAAACUUUCAA